AUGCAGCCAAGCGGCUUCGCAUACGAAUUGGAUGACUACUAUGAUCAUCACCAUGCUCCAUCUUACCCCUACGGUCGUUCUCGCGGCGGUUAUGGAUCCCGUGGAAACUAUGCUUCACGUCGAUUGGGAGGCUCUCGUCGUGAUGAACAUAAGUCUGAGAAUAUAGUCACGAUCGAACGCAUCUACAAUGGUUCGGAUGUUCGAACCACAAUCAUGGUUCGAAACAUCCCCAACAAGAUGAACCAAAUGGAGCUGAAGGCAUUCCUUGAUCAAACCUCGCGUGGCAAGUAUGACUUUAUGUACUUGCGUAUUGACUUCUCCAACGGUGCCAAUGUCGGAUAUGCCUUCGUCAACUAUCUCGAUCCGAUGGAUAUUAUCGAAUUCAUUCGUGCGCGUGCCAAUCGUCGCUGGGAGGAUUUCCAUAGUGAUAAGGUCGCCGAGGUUUCGUAUGCCACAAUUCAAGGCCGCGAUUGUCUUAUUCAGAAAUUCCGCAACUCGAGCGUUAUGCUCGAGCCUGAGGAGUGUCGACCAAAGUUGUUUUACACGGAAGGUCACCCGCUUGCUGGUCAGGAAGAACCAUUUCCUCGUUCUGAUAAUCAAAGCAAGCUGCAGAGAUCCUGUCAGAAUGCUGAACACGUUGGCCUCUUCGCUCCUGCGGCUGGUCAACACCAUCGUUUUGAACAGCGCAACCGUCUCUCGCAAUUUGACCGAGGCACAACUAUGGCUGCUCAAGAAUACGAAGAGAACUUCGACGGACCCUUCGGUAAUAGCUAUCAUGGCUCUUAUCAUCGUGGAGGUCAUCGUGGAGGCUUCUCUCGUGGCGGUGGCUUUGCUCGUGGUGGUCGUGGCGGCCGCGGCGGAUAUCUUGGCUGGAACGGUAAUGAUGCUCAUCGUAAGUGA